UCUCUCUUAAACCUUUAUUAGGGUUUCACUCACUCACUCACUCUCGCCAUAGCCAAAAUCUGAAGUGAAGGAGUGCAGACGGCAGCCCUAAUCUUCAAUUCUCUCAAUUUUUACUUUCCCCAGCGAAAAUGGCGACUCAGAUGAGCAAGAAGCGAAAGUUCGUAGCCGAUGGAGUCUUCUUCGCAGAGUUGAAUGAGGUUCUGACCAGAGAGCUCGCCGAGGAUGGAUAUUCAGGCGUCGAGGUUAGAGUCACCCCAAUGCGCACUGAGAUCAUCAUCAGAGCCACUCGUACUCAAAAUGUUCUCGGGGAAAAGGGAAGAAGAAUCAGGGAGCUAACUUCAGUUGUCCAGAAGCGUUUUAAGUUCCCAGAGAACAGUGUGGAGCUUUACGCUGAGAAAGUCAACAAUAGGGGUCUUUGUGCCAUUGCUCAAGCUGAAUCCCUGCGAUACAAGCUCCUUGGUGGCCUUGCUGUUCGCAGAGCUUGCUAUGGUGUCUUGAGAUUUGUAAUGGAAAGUGGUGCCAAGGGAUGUGAGGUUAUUGUGAGUGGAAAGCUCAGAGCACAGCGUGCAAAAUCGAUGAAGUUCAAGGAUGGGUACAUGAUCUCAUCUGGUCAACCCGUCAAGGAGUACAUAGACUCAGCUGUGAGGCACGUUCUUCUCAGACAGGGAGUGCUUGGUAUUAAGGUUAAGAUCAUGCUCGACUGGGAUCCCAAAGGCAAGCAAGGGCCAACAACACCGUUGCCGGAUGUGAUCACCAUUCAUCCUCCAAAAGACGACGAGUACAUUCCUGCAGUAGAGGUUGCCGACAUUGACGUUGAGGUUCCUGUAGUUGCCUAAACUUUAUUUCUUGAAACGCAGAUUCUUGUACUUUCUUUUAUGUAGGUUUUGCUGAAGCAUAGUUACCCAUUGCAGAAGAAUAUUAGGUUUUGAUAAUACUUUCUUGUUUCAGUAAUACAUGUGCUUUGGUUUUGUUAACGCCACUUCUAUUUAUUGGUGACUUGAAUUUUUGGGUCAUGCCAAUUUUUUUUUAAAUUAAGUCCUCUAGGUCGAGGGAGAACAGAUUUGUAGCAUUGAAGAGAAAUAAAUCGACUCAAAUAUUUUGUUGUCUUGAA